AUGUACAUAAAUGCUUUCGGAGCAGAGGAACUGAAGAGAGUUAUGUAUGCAAAGAGGAAGGCUGAACAAGAGCUCCCUCUCAUCCUUGCCAUGGAACUCAAGCUUGGUUCCUCCGUCUUCUUGGUCUCUGACCAGGCUGAAGACUCUGAUGUUGUUGGCUCCACCGUGUUCUGCCUUGAAACCGACGAUGUUGAUGGCUCUGUCAACAAAGGUGUGGCUGCCGGUGCUACAAUAAUCGGUGAUAUAUCUGAUGACGGUUACGGCGGAAUCUCAGGGUUAGGAAUCGCCCAGAAGCCCACCAACACCGCCUGGUCCCAACUCAUCGAUCUCCUGAUGUAA